AUGACAUACAAAGAGGAGGAUACUCGCAUUGAGGUUGCGAAAGAUCAAACAACCGUCCAAAGUGAAGAUACCCUUUCUCUAGGUCAUUCUGACUCAUCGAUAGAUCACGUUUAUGAUAAAGAGGAAUCGAAACGUAAUCCUUUCUUAAAUCCUGCAGUCGAAAAGUACUACCGGAACUUAUAUGAAUCUACCAAGUAUGAGUGUCGUGAAAGAUUUGAUCCUAACUUCGAAUGGACAAAAAAGGAAGAGAAGAGUCUUUUAUGGAAAUUGGAAUGGCGCGUAACGCUAUUAGCUUGCUUUAUGUUCGUGGCUUUGCAAGUCGACCGAGGAAAUUUGGCGCAAGCGGUAGCAGAUAACUUACUCGACGAUUUGAAUAUGAAUACAAAUAACUACAAUACCGGCAAUACUAUCUUUUAUUUGACAUUCUUGUGCGCAGAACUACCUUCGCAGUUGAUCUCCAAGAGAUUAGGUGCGGAUAUUUGGAUACCAAUCCAGAUGACUCUAUGGUCUCUCGUCGCUAUUGUGCAGUGUAGACUCACAGGAAAGCAUUCAUUUUAUGCAUGCAGGGCGCUACUAGGCCUUCUUGAGGGAGGUUUUGUUCCAGAUUUGGUCCUUUGGAUGUCCUACUUCUACACUGCCUCAGAGUUAUCAAUUAGGUUAUCACUCUUUUGGACCACUUUGUCGUUGACACAGAUAGCCACUUCAUUACUUGCUUUUGGUAUAUUGAGAUUGAGAGGUCGUGGGGGAAUGGCCGGGUGGCAAUGGUUGUUUUUAAUCGAAGGUCUAUUCACUCUAGUCAUUGGUAUAGCCUCCUAUUUUUUGAUKGUUCCGUCUGUUGUUGAAACUAAGAAACCGUGGAACAAGAAAGGAUGGUUCACGGAUAGAGAGGAGACCAUCAUUGUCAACAAAAUCUUGAGAGAUGAUCCCACAAAAGGUGACAUGAAUAAUAGACAGGGUAUUAAUCUCAAGAUAUUAUGGCAAACAAUAACCGACUAUUACCAAUGGCCUGUCUAUUUGAUUGGAUUAAUCGCGUAUAUGCCAGCGAAUGUAUUAACUGCAUACUUGACAUUGGUAUUAAAGAGUAUUGGCUUUAAAACUCUGCAAGUUAACUUACUUGCUAUACCUCAAUAUGCUCUCCAUAUAGUUCUAUUACUCGGUAUCACCUAUUUGACGGAGAGGCUAAACAACAGAUUAGGACUAUGUCUUUUGCAGCCUUUGUAUACUGUACCGUUACUAGCCAUCUUGCGUUUUUGGAAAGGAACUAUGGUUGAUAAAUGGGGAACAUAUAUUAUCAUUACAUUGCUCUUGGGAAAUCCAUAUAUACAUGCUAUUUGUGUUUCGAUGUGUUCCAGGAAUUCACACUCAAUAAAAACAAGAACAGUCUCUGCUUCAUUAUACAACAUGUUUGUUCAAGCCGGUCUGAUAAUAUCUUCGAACAUUUACCAACAAAGUGAUAAACCGCUAUAUCGCAAGGGUAAUUCGGUUUUGUUUGGCCUUUCUCUCGCCAUGUUUCCUUUAUUGAUUGGAAGUAAGUUUUUCUAUAUACAUAUCAACCGUAAGAGAGAUAAAAUUUGGAACGCAAUGUCUGAAGAAGAAAGGGAGCAUUAUAUGAAUGUAACUACGGAUACAGGUUCACGUAGAUUAGACUUUAGGUUUACUCAUUGA